CUUUGGAAAGUGGCCCACGGCUACUUCUUGCUGAUUACCCUCCAAGGCGUGCACAUCAGCAAUGUCGCUGGCAUACCACGCUGCACAUUUACUUUUGUCAAUGCUGCCGCCGAUACUCACUCUCUCUGCCUUGACCUCACCGUCAAAUCUCAGUCUGGACCCGGACACCCUUGGUAUGAAGUGCAGGCCUCAGUGGACAAAAAGCCUGUCUUUCAGUAUGACAGUGACAGCAGCAAGAUGAAACCUUUGGGUCUCCUGGGGGCGAAAGUAAAUGCCACCGAAGCAUGGACAGAAUUGACCCAGAUGCUGGGAGAGGUGGGGCAAGAGCUCAGGAUGAUUGUGUCUGACAUCAAACUGGAGAACAGUGUGACCAGGGGUCCCCCCACCCUGCACAUCCAGCCGUCUUGUCAGUGUGAAGCAGAACGAGGCACCGCUGCGUCCUGGCACUUCAACAUCAACGGGCAGCCAGCCCUCCUCUUUGACGCGAUGAACAUGACCUGGACAGUCACGAGUCCUGGAGCCAGAGGCGUCAAGGAGGAGUGGGAGAACAAGGGACUGGCAGACUAUUUCAGGAGGAUCUCAAUGGGAGACUGCCGUCACUGGCUUAGGGAAUUCUUAGAACACUGGGAGAAAAUGCUAGAGCCCCCAGUACCACCAAAAAAGGUCCCAGAUGCUGACCAGUCUUUACCCAUGUCAUCAAUUGCGUGCAUCAUCCUAGGAGUGAUUGUCAUCAGCUCAGUUAUCAUUGUCAUCUGCUGCAGCAUCUCAAGAAAAUUGGCCCAGAGAAGCCCAAAGAAGCCCAAAGAAGCCCUUUACCAGGAAGCAAGGCUCAGCUCUCCAGCGCUCCUUAGCGUCUGACCACGGCUGCCUCGCUGUUCUUUCGUUUUCACUCUGGCAGCAAACAGAGAACAUGAAGAGAUUCAGGGGAGCCUGGGUGGCUCUGUUGAUUGGGCAUUCGACUCUUGAUUUCGGCUCAGAUCAUGAUCUCAAGGUUUGUGAGAUCGAGGCCCAUGUGUAGGUUUGCGCUGACAGUAGGAAGUCCUAACGUUUCUUCAUGCUCAUCAACCAUUUCAAGAAUUUGUGGAUUUCAGGAUAAAAAGUCUUCCUAAUGCCCCUUCCCAGGUAAAGCCUCUUUUUGCUCAUGGUCCAUCCUAAACAUGGGCACAGCUGCCUAUUCCCGCUGAAGGAUGUAUUCAAGAAUGUUCAUGAUAGCUUGACUCAUAAGAGCCCCCGGAAUGUGAAACAACAAAUGCCCAUCAGGAAAUGAAUGGAUGAGUGAGUUAUAGUACUGUGCAACUGGAUAUCUACUGUAUUUAAAAAGAAAAAAACUGGGGCGCCUGGGUGGCUCAGUCGGUUGAGUGGCCGACUUCGGCUCAGGUCAUGAUCUCACGGUCCAUGAGUUCG